AUGGCCAUGGAUCUGUACCUCAGCAACUGCUAUAACACUGCCCAAGCCGCCGCCGCUAAGGCGGCUGCCAGCAGCCUAACUGCCGACAGGGAGCAGUGCAACUCCGUGAGUGGCGACCAGUUGGUCCUCCUCCGGGAUCCGGGGCUGGUCUCGGAAGGGAAGGAGGGCGGGCAGACGGAAGAGGGGGAGAUCUCAGCAGAGCUUUAUCAGCCUUCUUAUGACUUUAACCUGACUGAUCCUUAUUGUCAACUUUUGGAAACCAGCUAUAAAAGCCUGCACGAUCCACAUUUAAAAAUAUACUAUAGGCGAAAGGAUAUCCUGAGGAGAUUAAAGAAAGGCAGGUAUGUCACCAGCAAUAAUAAGGUUGUAUGUACCUUGAAGGAAUUGAAUAAGUACAGGCAGUAUCUCACCAGUUUAAAAUUACACUUUGAAAUAAACUAUAUAAGAGAACAAAAAAUGACUGAAAAACAAGUAAAUAAGUUGUAUGAAACCAAGAGAGCCUGUGACAAUUAUGACAAUACACAGUUCCAAGAUUGGCUGUUACAGGAAAGUAUACAAACAACUCCAGACCAAGAGCUGUUAAUAAAGCAGAGAUAUUUAGAUAUGAUUAGUAGGGAAUUAAACAAGCUUGAGCACAUGGCAGAAAAGCAGAACAUACUCCAGAUAAAGGAAGAAGAAAGAUGACAUUGGGACCACAUUAGAAGAAAACUUAGUCUCUGUAGACAAAUUGAAGAGGAAUGGAAAACAAAAGAAAUGUUACUUCUGACAAAGAUUGGAGAAGAAGCAAAAAGAGAAGCAAGAGUUGAGGAACAGCAUAGAAAAGUCAAAGAAGAAGCUCACCAGAAGAAACAAGCACUUCUAGAGAAAAAUUUUCAUUUACAAAAAAUGCAAAGGAAUGACCUUCAGAGAGAAGGAUCGGAGGAAAGUACAUUUGAAAACAAAAGUCAAGAUGAAACAGAAGGUGAGAGAGAGACAAUAAAAGACAAAAUAACUUCUGAAGAACUGAACAGUAUAAUUCAAAAUAUAAUGACCUGCGUUGUGGAUGCAGUGACCAGUGUAUUAUAUCCAGCCAUCACAAAAUAUGAAGAAAGGUCACGAAAUAUUACAUACCCAAUGCCUGAUGACUCUACCCUGUCUUCUGAUAGUGAGAGUUGCUGUAGCACAUGCCGUGAAACAUUUCUAUAUGAAACAAGUAAGAUGGUUCAGGCAGAGCCCUGUGCAGAGGCAGCUGACAGGUCAAUAGGGCAACCAGUGGCACCGUCAAAAUCAUCUCCUGCCCAUAAAGAAAGAACAGAUGUAGAAAGAACGUAUCAUAGGAAAGAACACUCAGAAAAGAAACCUAAAAUCCCCAAACCUAAAUAUAAUGAGAAACGAACCCCCCACAAGCUUAAAACCUGUAAAUCCAAUAGUCACCUUGUUGCACUGAUUGAAACAGGCACGAGGAAAUGUAAAGAUGCUACCACUGAAACAGAUGGCUUAGAACGCCCACUGUCUCCUGAUGAAAAAGCAAAAGCUGUAAAUGAGAUGCAGGAGUUAAAUGAUGUUUUAGUUAACUUUAAAUAUCACCUAAAAGAGGAAAAUGAGUUGAUUUUAGGAAACAUUUUUCAUGAAAUGGUGUCUGAAUUAACCCAGACCAUCCCCACCCUUUCCUUUGUUACGGCCGAAGCUUUGGUUGACCAAACUGAUACUGACAAAGGAGACUUACUCUCCAUUGUUGAUAUUUCCUCAGCAGCUGCUGAAAUUAUGGAAAAUGUGCUUGAGAAGCUACAGUCUGCAGUUGAGAAAAAAUGUACCGAGGAAUUUUCACAAGAAAAUGUAUCCGUUCACUUUAAAUCAAACUUAGUCAGUGGAGAACAUGUCAUUUCCUCAAAAGAAAAAACUUCAAAAGCUUCACUGCCCUAUGUUUUGGAAAACAUGAAUGAUAUUGCAGAGAAUAUGGUUCAUGUGAUUUUAGAAAAGCUGACGGCUCUUGCAUCUUCUAAGCAAAGUGAACUUGUUCAUCUUGAAAUCACAACUGAACUGGCUUAUCAGCAACACAGGGAAGAUCCAACAUAUACAUUCCUUCAAAGAGCCAGCAAAAGGAAAUCCAGUGUUGAAGCUGAUGCUGCCAAUUUGAUUGGCAAGGAAGAAAUACAAAAUUUAGUGUCAAAUAUUUUUUCUCAGUCCUCUCUGGUUGGUUAUAUAGAGGAAGCAAUCAGCACUAUACUAGGCUAUAUACAAAUUGGACUUAAUAAUGAAAGGCUCAUUGCAACUGAAGAAACAGUGAUCAUCCUUCAGCUACUUGAUGAUAUCUUGGCUCAGCUACAUCAGACACCAGUGAAAACAGAUGUCCAAAAGAGUAGACACUCCAGAAUGAGCAGUCCUUCUGGCACUGAAGAAGAGAACAGAGUCACCAGCACCAGAGUAACUAAUGCUCCUAGGUAUGGGCGCCUAUUUCCACCUAUUAAUGUUCCUGGCAUGGUCCUUUAUUCUGAAGAUGAAAAUGAAGAAAUAGACAAAAUUGUAGAAAAUGUAUUGAUUUCAUCUAUCAAAGAUGAAAAAGCAAAAUUACAAGAACAGUUUCCUGAUCACUGGUUAACAAAGGAAAAUGCUGGCUUUAAAUACAAAAGCAAUAUGAACUUACUACCUACAAAGCCUGCUUAUCAAGACAAAGUAGCAUUUCACGAUCAGGGAUUAAAUACUGACCUUCCAACUUUUAAUAAUAAGGACCUUUUUAAGGACAAGCCUGGUGUGAAAAAAGACAUUUUACUUUUCAGCCAAGAUGAAACGUAUCAAAUACAAAAAGCUUCAGAAAAUAUAGUUAGAAGUAUUUUAGCACAGACGCCCAAAGAUAUAUCUUCUGGGCUCUCUGAACACUUAGAUUAUAAAAAUGGUAGAGAGGCUUCACUUCUUACCUCAGGAAAACCACAAGAUCUGUCACAUCAAGAAUGGAUGGACCAGAUGUUCUCUGUGUCAGAAAUCCAUACGGUAGCUCAAGAUAUUGUAGAUGCUAUAUUAAAAAUACUUCACAUGGCUUCUAGUCACAUUAUCGGAUAUUCUUCAUCAGUACAUCAAACUUCUCUAGAUAAUGCUGACAUACCAAAUAAAGAGCCAUUAGCAACAUGGUUUGACAGUAAAAGGAAGAAAUUUUUAUCUGCACUUGGCGUAGACUCUACAAAACAUACCUGGUUAGAACCUGGAGCAAGUGGCUCGACAUCUGAACCUGUAGAUCACAUUAAUGAUAAGAUCAUUAACACGAUUUUUAAGAAGUUGAACUCAUUUAUUUGUCCAAAAUUACAAAACUGCUUCAAACCAGAAAGCCAUGCUGCCCAUUCAAAGCCUGCGCCUGACAAGAAAUCUUUGUCUCGAUCUCACCUUAGUGUUUACACAAUUAAAGUGAUAAAAAUUGUUUUGGAUGCUAUCCAGGAAGAACUACAAUACAAUAAGAAAAAUCUAAAUCUUAGGAAGAGUAGCCCUCCCAAGAAUUUUAGAGAUAGAGGAUUUUUCACUGACACCGAAAAUGAAUUAGACUCUGUUGUCACAAAGCUAAGUAAUGACAUUAUGACAAGUUCAUUAGCAACUUGCAUUUGUGAGGUGUUAAGUGGAAACACAAAUAAAAGCAAUAUUUUACUCCCUUCAGAUAAACUAAGGUCUAAAAUCUCAUAUGGAACUGGUGGCAUUGAUCAACAAAAACUUUUGCCUUCUCAUUGACAGCACAUGCAGGAGGAAGUUCACCAAUGUACUAGAUUGCAAGUGUUAGAUAGAAUUGGAGAUACCUUAUAUGACAUGUUAUGCAAGCUCAUAGGAGACCAUCCACAUUCUCCCCUACCUGAUGAGCAAACUACAGAGGGGAUCAAUAAGAUGAGAAUAACCAGUACAUUGCAGUCCAGUAUUAAGCUAAUUUCUCAUACAAUUCUAGAAGGUAUUGUUUCAAAAUUAUGUGGUGUUGAGAUAGAUUGCAUUUUCAAAAAUUCAGAAUUUAAAGCUAUCUCAGAGUAUAUUGACACUGACAGCCUGUCAUUUGCUUUGCUUCUUGAGGAAAUGAGCAGAGGCUCUGACAUAAUCUCCAGCAUGGUGCCCAAUGUGACCUGGCCAGGUAGCCAAGAGGUAACUAACAAAAAGGGAAAAACUACUGCCCCCAAAACAGGAACCACAAAAGAAAAGCAUCUAAAUAAACUGAAAAUCAUGGCUUCAGAUAUCCUUAAAAUGGUUUUUGCUAAAUUGGAAGGGUUUGCCAAUAGAAAUUUAGAAACUCUGGACGCUAUAAUCAGUGGAAAUAAAAAGAACAGCAGGACAUACUGGGAAAGUGAAAAUACCAACAUUUGUGCUAACACACGUGAAAAACGAUUGCAGUUGACUUUAUACAUGCAUGCAGAGAAAGUGUCAAGUACUAUUUUGAAAGCUAUUCAAACUGAAUUAAAUGUGAGCUUGCCAGAUUUGGAAACAUGUAUAAGCAAGCCACUACAAGAGAAACAAACGCUUAAGAAUUUAGUCCAUUUCAUUUUGGAUGCAACUUCUCCAGAUAUGUUUAAUGAAACUGAACCAGAAGAGAGAGGCAUUGAAAAUUAUAGAUAUAGGCCAACCUAUGGAAAUUUUCUUCCUGGAGGAGCUGACCCAGAGUCAUAUCUAGAAGAUCCUGCAGAAACAGAGAAAGAAAGUGCUGAAGAGGAAAGACCAACAGAAGAAGAAACUAAAUCAGAUUCUCUUAAGCAACGGGAACUCGAAAGAACAUUAAAAAAAUUUGAAGUAGAACUCAAAGAAAAAAAAAAGUCCCCAGUCGUGCCCAUUAUAAGAAAUAUUUUGAAUGAAAUUUUUCAGAAUGAUUUAAUUGAUCAACCAAAUGUGCUUCCUCUUCCCCAGUCCCAUUUAUGUGACAUUCCUCAUGCUGGUGAUGAGCCACUUGCUCAAACAUCUGUUCAAUCCCUGGAUAAAACAAUGGGCCCUUUAGUGUCUGAAGCGGAUGUAACCAUUGUUGCAGAUAAUGUUGUUAGAACCAUAUUUCAAAAACUUUAUUCUGCUGCUACGACAGAUAGAAAUGAAAAUGAAAAUAGGUAUAAUACUAUCACCUUUCCAGCAAAUAUCUCUUUUACUGAACAUACCAGUGGAGGAAAGUCCCCUGUUUAUUCUACCAUACUGGACAGAAAUGCAUGUACACUUCAGUCCACAGUCAAUACUGGUAAACUGACCAAAAUAAAUGUAGUUGAAGAUAUUAUACAGUCAGUAUUAACAAAUUUAGAAACAUUUGCUAGUACCAAAGUAAAAGCCCUCUUUUGUCCUCUUAUCAAUUUCACAGUUCCAAUGGCUUUACCUCUACAGCAGGAUGAGACUGCUUCAAGCCAACCAUGCUUAUCAACCAAAGAUUCAUAUUCUGAUGACCAAUUUUCUUGUUGCUCAGUGGAUCAUACUAAAUCAGGAAAGACCACCUCAAUAUGUCAACUGAGUGCCUCUAAAUUAAAUAUAUAUGCAACAGAAGUGGCUAGACAAAUUUUACAAGGAAUCAAACGUAAGUUAGAUAAAGAAAUAAAAAGUUCAUUAUUAACUCAUAGUGUUGUGGCUUCUGAAAGCAUUCCAAGUCAGGUUGUUAACACAAUGUUAGAUACUGUGUCUACUAAAGGCAAAUAUGAAAAGAAUAUAUUUGACAGAGAGACUGACCCCGGUCGGCCAGAAGAUAUUGUUGAAAAGCUGUUCAAUAAAAGUGAUUAUCGAGAAAAACUUCAAUUUCAAAUACUAGAUACCAUUGAAGGUAUCUUAAUUGACAUCUGUGAGAGAACAAUAGAUGAGAAUAAUCUCCCACUUGCUGUAUCCACUCUUAAGUGUAAUGUAAGUGGGAGGCAUUUAGAAACAAACUCUGAAAGGGACCCUGAGUAUGCAAAUAAGGCUAUUCUUAGGCUUUUAGUUCCUAAGGAGGAUGUUGCUAUGAUUUCCAACGGUAUGGUGGAUACUGUUCUUCAAAAUCUCACUUCUGCUAUCAUGCUUGCAGUAAAUGCAAAGGAUUCUAUUUCUCCAAGACUGCCUCUGAUAUUUUCUGACGCAUUUCCCAAAGCAGAGCAUCAACAAUCUCCUGUUAUAGACUCAAUGAAUGAAAGGAAAAGGGAGAGAUUUCCAUUUGCAAGAAAGGAAAGAGAUGUACAGCUGAAAUCAGCUUAUUCUGAUGAUAAUCAGACAACUGUACUUAAGAAACAAGAUGCCAAGAAAUCUGCUCCUGAGCCAUGUGAGGAAAAUGCUCAUUUCAUUACUAAAACUAUUUUGAAUAGAUUAAAAUCUUUUGCCACAGAAAGAAUAGAUUUGCUACUUAUUCCUGAUACGGAGACUAGAGAAAAACCAUAUGUUGGACCAGAAUUUACAAACUGUAAACAAGAUGACAGCAUAUUUCUUGAAUCAAACCAAAUACCAUUAGAUAUGAAUAUCCUGAAAAUAUCAACAGCUAAAACCGUUCUCAGUCAACAAGUCACAAAUUACAUAUUUGCUAAUUAUAGAGAAAAACAUAGACCUGCAAUUCAUGUAACACAAGCUAGUCUUAAGGAAUAUGCUGACAUAAUCGCCAGUACCAUUUUGACACUUAUAAAAAAUGACAUAUACCUAGAAAUCCAAAAGAUGUAUACAUAUCAAAAUAAUACUUCAUUCCAAGAAAACAUCAUUGCAAGUGAACCUGUCAACAACAUCUUAAAGAGUUUACAUGAUAAAAUACCUUUAAAGGCAAGUAGCUUUUACUCAAAGCAGGACCCUGGUCUUUUUACACAACUAACAGUACAAAAUGAAAUAUUGCCUGGUCAAAGAAAAAUGGAAGACAACACUGAACUGCCUCUCUUUUCAAAAUGCUCAGGUCAAAACCAAAUUAUAUCAGAAGCAGAAAACCAGAGAAGGACUUUGGAAGAAAUUAGAAAUGGAGAAUCUGGACAGGAAAAUAUAACUUCUUUGUUAAGUGUAGUUAAGGAUAUUUUAAAGAAGGUAUAUCAAAGGGUAAUGGAAGAUACAGACCAUUGGCCUCCAUUUAAUGAACUCCCCCACUUUACAUCUGAUUCUAAAAUUAAAACAUCAGCACAAAAAAAAGCCUUCCAGUCACAUAUAAACAGUGUCGCAAAUGACAUAGUUGAAAGUGUUUUCAGAAAAAUGUUCUCAAUAAUUAUGACAUCUUUAUAUGAAAACAGUGAGACCAGGGGAGAAUUGGAAGCACCUAGCAAUGAUGAACUGCUGAUGAAUCCAUCGUGCUUUAGAGAAUUGAAACAAGCAGAAAAAAGAAGUGUUCCCCCUGAACCUGUGAUACCACAAGUUUAUCCUUACACAGGUAUUGAAAGUGUCACUUCAUUGGAAAACAUUUUAUUGCAAUUUUCUCCAUUGCGACUGGGUGAACAAUUGGUCCAAAAGGUUCUCAAAAAGAUCACAGAUUUUGCUUUGCUGAAUCUAGAAGAGACUAGCCCCAAGGGCAGCCCUAAGGCAAGUUUUAAAACAAAUUUUAAAACAAAAUCAAAAGUUACCUCUUUGGCUAAGUUUGGAACAAAACCACAGCUAGGACCUAGCGGAGCUAAAGCCAAAAGCAAAACCAAGUUAGGUCAGAAGACUCUAAGAGGCAACCAGUCCAAGACUUCCAUUGGGCUACCAGGCCUGCUAUCCAUAGGGGAUGCCAAAAAUCCCUCAGUGAGAGCAAAACUCCCCACUGUGAAACUAAAAAUGUAUUCCAGGGAUAUAGUAAGUAAUAUUCUGGAAACAACUGUGAAUGAAUUUCAAGAGGUGAGGCAAAAUAGAGCAAUGGUAAAUGUAAACACUUCACCUUCUGAUCAAAUUGAGAUAGCAAGUGAAAUAGCUGAUGCAGUUUUGCAAGGAUUAUACGCUAUGAAGAAUAAUUUGGCCCAUCCAAUAAAAGGCUCAUACUCAGAUGAUCUCAAACUUUCACAGGGAUAUUUUAGUACAAUCUCUUUUGCAAAUCCAGAAGCCCAUUUCUCUACAGAGAAUGUUUCUUCAAAACUAGAAAAAAUCUUUCCUAAAGAAAAUAUUUUUAAACAAAUGUUUGAUAAAUGGCAAACAGAACCAAGUGACAUGGAUAAUGAAAAAUAUAAGCUAUCAGCGAUAGCUGAGGCUGUUUUGAAUGAAAUUUCAAUGAAAGCAAAAGAAUUAGAACAAUCUGUUUCACUUUUAAGUUUGUCAGUUCUUGAGCCUUGUGAAAGCAGGCACCAUAAUUUUAAAAGAGCUGCUUCUAGAGUUGAGGAUUCCCAAACACAAAUUAAUACAUUUGGCCAGGAAACUGUUGAAAAACUAUUCGAAAAAUUAGAGUUGUGCUUCUUGACUCAGAUGUUCACAACAGAUAGUAAAGAAACACUAGAAAGCAAGAAAGAAACUGCUGCUACAAGUAAACGUAGUUCCUUGAGAACAAACAAUCUCAAUUAUGUACCAACUUACAACACAAAGUUGAAAGACAGAAAACUGGGGAGCUCUGGCCACCAAAUUGCUCAAGAGAUCUUGGAAGGGGUUCUGAACACCUUAGAGUCAUUUGUAGACCUACAGUUUAAAUAUGUCUCUACAUAUGCUUUUUCUGAAAUUGUGAGAACACCUAUUGAAAACUUUUUUGCUGUGUAAAGGAAACCAUUAAUGAAAAAAAUAUUGCCCAAGUUACAAACACUGAAUAAAUUUCCUGGUGAAUCUAAAUCAAGUAGUAUGAUUUCCCGGGAAAACAUACAGAUUACCCUUCAACAGCUUUACUCAUUCCAUUCAGAAUUGCUUACUUAUACUGUUAAUACUGUCAAUGACAUGCUUAGUAUAAUUAAGAUAGACAAAGAAAAAUACCAUGAGGAACCAUCUUCAAUUAGCAUGUUUGAAGAAAACAUUGUAGCAAGUCAGAUCAUCAGCACACUGAUGGACCAGUGCACUUAUUUCUAUGAGUUGAUGAGCAAAAGCCACCCAAAGGAAAAUCUGCUCCAAGGAGCUAAAAAUGCCAGCACUGCUAAUUGGUCCAGAUUUGAAACUGGAAUGGGAAUGUCCACUUCAAAGUCAAAGGGAAUUAGCUUCCGGGAUGAUCCUCCACAAAUCCCUGCCUUGUCUUAUUCAGAGGAAGAUAUGAAAAUAAAGGACAAGACUUCCUCAAAUAUACCUUCAUAUGUCAGAUACUCUGCAGGAAAUUCAACUAAAACCACAGAGCCAAUGGAAGGGCUCGAAUCAGACCUUAAACCAUCAUCUUCUAGAAGUGAAGCUCAAGUCUUCAGCCACUUUGAUCAAGCUGUGAAAGGAUACUGCUCUCUCCUCGAAGGCACUGGCUUACAAAAAUCAUCUCAGAAAUCUAGUGACUCUGCACAAGCAGCACUAGAGCACCCCAUGUCCUUCAGAGAAAUGGAAGAAGGUGAAAAUCAAAGAGUGCUUCACUAUGAUCCCCCCAAACCAGUUGUUAAUCCAAACCAAAUACAGACAACCAUUUCUCCACUCAAAAUAUGUGUAGCUGCAGAAAAUACUGUCAAUACCAUGCUGUUGAGUUAUGGCCUUUCAAGUCAAACCCCACACAAAAAAUACGAAUCAAAACAGCCUCUAAGAAGCAUAAACAGUGAUUCUUCACAACUUUGUGAACAUCUCACUGAAUUGGUUAUUUCCUAUAUAAUUUCAAGCAUUUCUGAUUGCACCGAAGAUGGUGGAACAAUACAGAAGUCACUGGAAAACCAAGAUGCAACUUUUAGCAAGAUUAUUUUAGUUCAUUCCCAAGUGUUUGAGAGUCGGUCAAUUUCUAUCAGAGGACUUGCCUUAAGCAUUUCUGAAAUCAUUAUUCGAAGCCUUUUAAAUAGUGACAUUUUAAAGGCAGACGUUACACAAGUGCUUUCUGUAAAAGCAAAAUAUAUUUAUUGUCCAAAACCAGCUGUGGCUGACUUUAGCGAUCUCUUUCAGGAUCUCUUAAUAGGAGUAACCCAUGUUCUGUCCAAAGAAAUAGGAAUAAAUCAUCACCUUGACAGCAAAGGAAGAAACAAAUCACCGUCCACACCUAAAAGCCAUAGUUUGCCCAUUUGCAACAAAACCAAAACUAUGAAAAGACAGAUAGGUGCCAGAGGUAGGAAAUCAGCUCCUACUCACCAAAUUAAUCAAGUAGCACAGAAAAAUAAAUUUCUAGCAUGUAAGUUAGACAUCCUGGUUGGCAGCCUAAGAACUCAUGAAUUCAAAGAAGUAGUCAACAAAAUUUUCAAUAUUGUUUUCAAUUUGUUUUUGCCAGAUGAAUGCCCAAAUUGGGAUACAGAUUCUGGUAAAAUAGCAAGAGAAAUGUUCCUAUCUUCAAGUCAUAGAAUUCCUAGAAAUAACCUAGGGCCCUCCCCCAAAUCAGCUUUUCUUCUGAAUGUUGUGUGUGAGAAACUUAUUAGAAUACUCUUGGAAGAAUGCACAACCAACAACUUCCUUACAGAUGGUCCUCUUUCUGAUGAAAUAUCAACAGAAUGUCAACUGUUCAACAUACUUCAAAAUGUAGAGGAUUAUUGCAGGGGAACAAUGGACUAUGGCUUACCAGUUGAAGGAUAUGACAUAUCAGACCUUUUGGAAAAUCUGGCAGAAAUAGAUCAAGAAUCUAUGCUUAGUAUUAUUUCCCAUAGCUUGGUAAAAUCCUUAAUGGAAAAAUUGUCAUGCAGUAUACAGCAACCUCCCAGAAGUCUACCACUUACAAACAAGCAUUUAGCAUAUAGGACAAGAGAGAGACCUCCUAGUUUCCCAAAAGCAAAAAGGCCAGAAUUAAAAGAAUCAAGACAGGGUAAAGACUCUGUGAGAUUCAUGAGUUAUGACAGCAAGCCUCUGACAGGACCAUUGAAUAAUCGUAGGGUGAUUCAUUCCAAAAUGCAAACCCCAUUUCGUAAGCAAUUUUCAGGAAAAUUCCCUUCUCUACCUCCUCUUCGAAGACCAGGUAAAAAGGAAUUGAAUGCAACAGCCUUUCUUAACAUGUGAUAUCCAGGAGGCAUGAACACAGGAGUGUACUCUGCCACAUUUCUGGAGGAAAUAAUUGCAGACAUUUUUCUUAAUCUCACCACCGCAGUGCAGGGCAAAAAUGUAAAUAUCACUGAAGCCCAGCUCAACGAGAUGAAUAUAUUAGAUGUCAACUCUGUGGUGAAUGAGUUUAAUAAUGCUCAAGUCACUGUUGAAGAAAGGAUAUGUUUUCCACCAAUCUAUAAAGAAACUGUUAGUAAGAUUGUUGACUCUGUUUAUAAUGAUGUAUUGUGGCACUAUGCAUUUCAAGUUACCUGUGGCAAUCAUCUGGCACAUGCUGCCACGUCAAUAGCAGAACAGAUAACUAAUGGCAUAUUGAAAGAGAGUAUAGACUACCAACUCCCAUUGUGCUCUGUUGGAAAGCUCAUGCCUAAUUCAUAUUACCCUCUCAAAGCUGAAAAUAUACUACAGAAACUUCAAAACAACCUGAGUGAACUUAAUUACUAAGGUCAACAUUCAACAGGCUAUACUAUCAUCCUAACACACGCAUUUUUAGAAGAUGUCAUCAGAAGACUAUUAUCUCAGCUCAUUCCUCCACCCAGCGAGGCUUCAUGCUUGGGAAAGAAAUACUUAAUGACUUCGGAUUUUAAUGAGAUGGCCACCUAUAUAAUAAAUAAGGUUUUGUUAGCCAUUUCAAAGCAUAAGAUUUGGCUCAAUAAAUAUGAUUGUCAGUAUCUAUAUACAGAAAAAAACCUUCAAAAUAUGGUGGAGUCUGUUUAUAAUAAUAUUUUGCAGAUGUCUGGCUUGCUUGCGGCAAUACAGAAAAGUAUAGAAAGCCAAAGCCCAAUAAUGGUUGACCGAAUGGCCAGUCUUAUUAUUCAAGAGAUUAUUGAAAAUCAUCUUCAACCCUUUUUGUGUGAAGAGGGCUUACCUCAUUCAACGACUCCAUUGGAUGAAAUAUCAAAUAUGGUUAAAGAGGUUCUCAGUGAAGUCACAGGGUCACACAGACCCCAGAAGCCAUCAUCACUAGGUAUGGACUUUUAUCCUAAUGCAUUUGUAGAAGAAAUUGUUGCCAGACUAUUUUCAAAGCUCUUCGAUCCAAAAUAUAACACUGAGUGUGAUUUGGAUAAAGUGACCCAAAAAAUAGUAAACUCAAUAAACAACCAUUUUAACAAAGCUAAAAUCUGCAUUCUUCAUGAUGACCAAGAGCAGCCAUUCCCCACUGUAGAUACAGACACUGUGGAUGAACUUGUCAAUUCAGUUUAUGAAAAUGUUCUCAAACAGCAUGGGCUGGCCCCUGAGGUUGAUAAUAAAGAACUCAAAGACAGUGAUAUUUUUGUGGAAAACAUUACCAAUUUAAUCAUAGCAGCCAUUUCUGAUUAUCUUUUUCACCCACUGUUUUCUGGGGAUUUGUCGGCUUCUUCCUAUGCUACUUUAACAGCAGAAAACAUUAUUCAGAACAUCUUUUGUGGCAUCACUGAACCUACCCAGCCAAGCCAGCAUUUAUCUCCAUAUAACAUCUUGCUGCCAUACACAUUUUUAGAAGACAUAAUCAGAGUAUUAUUAUCUAGAAUCUUUCCUUCUUCAUCUAACAUGGUUCUAUACAGUGAAACUCCAAAAGAUAGAUCAGGAAUUAAUCGCAGUAAAAUCUCUUCAAAGUUAAUCAGUGAUAUUAGGAUGAAAAUUUCCCAACAUGAAAUUCGAUUUUCAAAAGAUGAAGAUGAAACCGAAUCUGUUUAUUCAGAGGAUGCUGCUCAGCGUCUCGUUGAUUCCACAUUCAGAAAUAUCUUGCAAAACUCUGGGUCUCAAGAAGCAGUUGAGCACGAUAACACAAGCAGUGACAAUGUUCUUAUCGAUAGAAUAGCAGGUUUUAUCAUUAAAAAUGUCUGUCAACAACAUCUUCAUCCAUUUGUGUAUGGGAAGUUGUCAUUUCCCUCAUCAUAUGCAUACUUUGAUAGUAUGAGAAGAAGGCAAUGUUUUUUUGCCAGUGUUUACUCCUCAGCUUUUUUGGAAGAUGUGAUCUCUGGGGUUUUAAGCAAAAUAUUCCACAGGGUAUUAGGUAUUGUGCAAACAAAAUCACUAAGAGAUUCAGAAAAAGAACUGUUGGAAACAGCUGAAAAACUCAUAUAUUUGAUAACGGAAGAAUUCUCAGAAGUUCAAGUUAGCAUCCUAGAAAAUGCUAAGGAACAACUGUGCUUGCCCCUAGUAGAUAGAGACAUAGUGAUAAAAAUUAUUGACACGGCAUAUAGCAAAGUUUUACAAGAAUGUGAACUGGAACCUAAUAAAGACCUUCUCAGUGACACCAAGACACUGGCUGAGAGGGUAACUAAAAUUAUCCUGGCUGAAGUUCUUGAUUUCCGAAUUCCUCCAUAUUUCAUAGCAAAGCUGCCUUUUAAAUCAUAUUCAAAACUCAAUGCUGAUGUUUUGAUAAAGAGAGUUCAUUAUGCGAUCAGUAAAUCAAGACUCCGAAGACAGACUUGUACAAUAUAUACCACCAUAUUAUCAUAUACACAUUUGGAAAAAAUAGUCACUCGGGUUUUAUCUCAGAUAUGUCCAUUGAACUGCAGUGCAGAAGACCCAUACCUUUCGCAGUCACACUUCAGUGACACAGUUGUGAGACUGAUCGAUGAAAUCAUGUCAAUAAUUUCUAAACAUGCAAUAUGCAUUAUUAAAGAUGGAAGUGAAAAACAAAAUGUGAUUUCAGAAAAAGAUAUCCAGGCUAUGGUUGAUGCCAUUUAUAAUGACAUUUCUCAUUCAAAUCUAUACCAGUCUCUUUGAAAAGAUAAAAAAGGCAUAAGUAAUAUACCUGUUACAAAAAUAGCGAGUUAUAUAAGGGAAAUAUUUAACCAUCAUCUUGACCCUCUUGAGUCAUUCUUAUCUGGAGAUAAAACUCUUCCUUCAGGUACAGUGGAUCAAACUUAUCAACAGAGCGCAAUAGAUCCUAAACAAAGAGAAUUAUCUUUCAUUGUGAAUUCGGCCGUCUUUUUGGAGGAAGUAAUUUCUGAGCUUUUAUGCAAAAUCCUUUAUGUAUUCUCACAUAAUGUCCUGGCUGCCGAAAACCCAUGUAAAGCAAACGCCAAUGUUACUGAUAUUGUUACAAGAUUAGUAAAAUCAAUUGUGCUGGAGUUCACCACAUCACAAAUUUUAGUUGCAGAUCACUUGGAUGAAAAUCUGUAUUUUUCAGAAGGAUAUAAAGAAAUGGUUAAAAAAACUGUCAACAUUAUUUAUGAAAAAAUAUUAGAUGAUUAUCGAUCUCUGGUUCAUGUUUAUAGAGCUAUACAAAAUGAUGCUGUCAAUUUGGGGAAAAAAAUGUAUUAUUUACUGUUAGGAGAAAUUUAUGAUUAUCAGGUGGAGUCAUUAGUUACAGGAGAAUUAGCAACUUCUUCCUAUUCCUCCCUCCAAGAGGAGAACAUCAUCAGAAAUGUACUUGACACCAUCAACGAUAGCCAUGACUUGCCAUCAUGCAUCACUGUAUUGCCUCGUUCCCUUUUAGAAGAUACGAUUUACAAGCUUCUAACACAUAUGUUCCCUUCAUCUGAGACUGAAACAGAACCAAAUGAGGAAGAGGUGCCACCAGAUUAUGAGUUUGUGAAUAGUGCUUCAAAACUAACUGAUGAUAUCGUAACAGAAAUUUCUGAACAUGAGAUUAGACUUGCCAAGGCAGAGGAGCAUGUGGAGAGUUGGCAAUUAGGGGCAAUCGAUAACUUCGUUGACUCCAUAUGUAACAAUAUUAUUUAAAAAAUUAAGUUUGAAGAUGAAGUACAGAGAGAUACAUGCAAAAGAGGAGGCUCAUUCCUCGGGAGAAUAGCUGGUUUCAUUAUGAAGGUAAUUGUGGACCACCAUCUGCACCCAUAUUUAUGUGAGGAAGAAUCAUUUCCCAGUGACUUACCCCAAAAUGACCAUGUCACUGAACUCUUGAAUCCCAUGAAAGAAAAAAUACAGUCCUUCCCACAGGUUUCUGUAUACUCUGCUGCAUGUUUGGAAGAUGUUGUAAUUGACCUUGUUCGCAAAUUUUAUACUCUACCAAGUAUUGCUGAAAAUCCUAAGGAUGAAGAGAUAUCAGAAAGAGAUAUCAUGGGCGUAGCUAUAAAAUUUGCAAAUGCCCUGAUAGGGGAAUUUAGGAAAAGUGAAAUUAAAGUUCUAGCAAAUGCUGAAAAAAUGUUUUCAUUUCCACCAAUAGAUAAAGAGACAGUCGAUAAAGUAUCUGAUUCUGUGUAUGAUGAGGUCAUAGACAUAUAUGGAUCUAAAAAUGUUCAGAAACAUGAUAGAAGUAACAUUGUUAUAGAGAUGAUUGCUGUUUUGGCCAAGAAGGCAAUCUCUGCUUUCCAGAUUCAACCACUUUUUUCAGGAAGCUGGUCUUCCACCUUCUUUUCAUUUCUAGAUGUGGAUAGCAUCAUCCAAAGAGUUCAACACCUACCAUAUAAAACCUUUACAAAGAUAAACAGAAGCUUGAAGGAGAACCCAGUUUCUUCACUAGAACAAUUAUCUACACUUAUUCCUCUAACCUCAGACCUGAGAGACAAAAUGGACACUUUGGAAAUAGAUGGAAGAGCACUUAAUGGAAAAGAGAACUUCAAAAUGGAGAAGACACCAAUGAAAACAGGCAGCAUCCAGAAGCCAGUAUGUACCAAUAUACAUAGCAUUAUGAAGAGCGAAGUAACUACCCUAGCAUCAGGGUCAGUUGGAGGUGUGCCAAAGAAAAAGAAAGAGGAUGAAAAGAAAAAGGAAAGUUCAACUGGAAAAGAUAAUGAGAAGGUAUCAAAACUCACUUCAACAACAACCAGUGUGAAAAGUAAAGAUACUCAGGGGCCAGAUUUGGGUACAGCACUUACAAAGAAUGAAAUCAAGAAGAAAGAAGAAAGACGUUUGGCUAGAAAAGAUGAGAAAGGGCAAGGUGAUGAGGUAUACCAAAAUCUUUCACCAGCUAUCAAUGAUACAAAAAAACAACGUGUCCUGGAACCAGAUCUUAAAAUAGAUGAUAAAAAGAAGAGUGACAAGAAAAAAGAAAUUUCAUUAGGAAAAGGGGAUAGACCUUUUGAAUUACCAUCUCUGAAAUUCAAGGUGAGAUAUAGAGAGAUCCAAAAGAAGAGAAGAGAUUCCCCAGCUUACGCAGUUACAGAUGACAAACAGAUCUUGCAUUCUAAACAUGCCCAAAAUGUCACUGGAAUCAUUUACAGAAAUGUUUUAGAAAUAUCUUCUUUCCAAGGACCAGUGGAUGACUCAAAAUCCCCAAAUCCUCUAGGUGAUAAAGCAGCAUAUGUAACUCAAGCGGAUGGCAAGGAUUUUGCACAACCUGCUUCAAUGAAUUCAGCUAAACAGAAUGUUCCUGCAAAAGAGGAAGAGAAUGAGAAAAGUAAAGAUAAAGAGAUUAAAAGUACACCUAGUAAACGGGACAAUCCGCAGAACCCACCAGAAAAUAAACCCGGGAUUUUCCCUGCUAACUUUUUAGAAGAUGUUAUCUCUGAAAUAGUUAACAAAUUGAUUUUUUCUUCCUCAUCGGAUACAGAUGAUGCAUGUCAAAAUGUAAGCAAAGGUGUAAAUCAAGCUGAGCUCUAUGACACGGCUAUGAAACUGAUUGAUUCCCUGUUAAAGGAGUUUUCAGAUGCUCAAAUUAAAGUAUUAAGCCCAGAUCAAAGAAGUAGGUUCCUACCAUCUGAAGAUAACAUUUCAUCAGUUCAUAAAGUACCUCUCAGGCAAAAAGAACUGUCUGUGGAAAAAAGACCUCCCAAGAAAAAGAUAAUUAUGGAUAAUAUACCACCCAUGCAUAACACGGCACCUGCAACUAAAAUACCUUCUUCAGAUCAGGCACCUUUUAUGGCUAAAAUACCAUCAAUCAAUAAAAUGUUGGUCAAUAAGAUUGUUCACCCCUCUAUAUGCAAUAUUUUGCAGAAAUAUAGAUCUCAAGACUCCAUUUGCGAGGACAUAAAGAGUAAUGUUGAAAAAUUAGCAAGAAGGCUAGCUAAUGCAGUAAUAGAAGAAAUUUUUCAGCAUCAGCUAAACUUGCUACUUUAUGAUGAGACUCCAGAUUCAGUGUGUUUGCUUCUAGAAUCUAAGGAGGUUAUGAUAAAGGUCCAUAAGGUGGCCCAAACAGCUUGCAAAGAAUGUUAAUCAUCACCAUAUACCAUAAUGCUGCUUUAUGAAUUUUUAGAAAGGAUAAUUUCUUCUCUUCUAUCAAAAAUUUUCUCAGCAGUAGCCAACGCUAAAACAGAAAUAUCUGAGGAUAAUUUGUACACAGAAUUGGAUUUCCUUCAAAUGAAAUUAGCAAGUAUAGUUAUAACAGAGAUCUCCACAGAUGAAGAUAUGAUUAUACAGUAUGUAGAAUCUUUACAUCCUAAUGAUGAUGAAAUUAUUCAAUUAGUGGUUCAGACUAUUUAUAAUAAUCUUUUGCAACAAUUUGGAUCUCAAGAGAGGAUACAGAAGUGUAUCAGCAGUGGUUGCAAAAUCCUUUCAGAACGCAUAGUUAAUUUAGUUGUACAAGAAGUGACCAGAAAUCAGUUACAGAACUAUUUUUCUGGAGAACUAACGCCACUUCAGUGUAUAGAAGUUGACAGUGUUGUUGAAAAUAUCCUUAAAGAUGUUAUCCAAACCACUGAAAUUCCCCAGCCUCAGCCAUCACAGGCUUACAAACUGCCUUUUAACAUAACAGAAGAAAUUGCUAUAAAUUUUUUGUCAAAGCUUCUAUUUAAGUUUCCAAAAGCGGAUAAGGAACAAAACAAUUCCCUAAAUGCUGAAAUGCAAAAAAUAAGCUCAAAAAUCUUAAAUUCAUUCCAAGAAUAUAUCUCUAAAAGUCAGAUUACAGUAGUACCACAGGUCAAAGAAUCAUCCACUGUAUCUUUAGCAGACAAUGGGACUAUUGAAAAAGUAGUUACUUCUGUUUAUAACACUGUUUUAAAGCACUCUGGCUCCCAUAUUUCAGUGUAUAAAGAUUUAAUGGGUAAGAGCAAUGUCCUCUCUGAUAUAAUAGGAUUUUUAAUGGUGAAGGAAAUUUCCAAUUCAGAAUUUCAUCCUCAAGUAGAAGAAGAAACAUCAAGUUCAGAGUUAGCUUUGGAAGCUGUCAAAAUUAUGGAAAAGGUGGUUAAGAUUAUUGAUGAUCUUAAGUCAAAGAAAAAACCUUCAUCCAAAAAAGAGGCUGUAUUAGAUGCCAGGUUUUUAGAGGAAACACUUGCCUUGUUCUUGGCUAAACUAGUAAAGUUGCCAAGUGCCUCAAGCAAAGAUGUUAAAAACUUAUCAAAGCCUGAGUUAAAUAAAAUUGCAUCUCAAUUGACAAAAUCCGUGACAACUGAAAUUUCCAGAAAAAACAUUAGCAUUGUAGCUGCUAAUCCUGAAGAAAAAUUUUGAAAUCCAGAAACUAUAGAAAUUAUUUCUCAGAUGGUCGAUUCUGUUUAUAAUCAUGUACUACAACAAUCUGGAACACAUGAAGAACUUUAUCAUGACAUGAAAGGUACAAACCACAUCUUUCCUAAAGAGGUGGCUUCUUUAAUAAUCAGGAAAGUUUCCAAUUGUCCAUUAGAAACAAUUAGCCCAGAAGAUUCACAUGCUAAUCUCUUUGGCGAUCUGGAUGUUGGUCGAAUUGUUGAAAAGGCGCAUGAGCAUGCUGUCAAAAUGGAACCUGAGCUAGAGCAAAAAGGGUUAGAUCAAGGGUCACAAAUUCCACUUUAA